AUCAAAAUGAAAAGAGACGAUUUUGAAUGGGUCUACACGGAUCAGCCUCACACUCAAAGGAGAAAAGAAAUGUUGGCUAAGUAUCCAGAGAUCAAAUCACUGAUGGGACCAGAUCCUAAUCUAAAAUGGAUUGUGUUUGGAAUGGUCCUUACACAGACCAUUGCAUGCUUCUUUGUGAAAGAUUUGUCUUGGAAAUGGAUUGUAUUCUGGUCUUAUGUCUUUGGAGGAGCUGUCAACCACUCAUUGACUCUAGCCAUUCACGAUAUCUCUCAUAACGUUGCAUUUGGCAAUAAGCUGGCAAAAUGGAACCGAUUGUUUGCAAUGUUUGCUAAUCUACCAAUUGGGAUGCCAUAUUCUGCAUCAUUCAAGAAAUACCACAUCGAUCACCAUCGAUACCUGGGAGGCGAUGGCUUAGAUGUAGACAUCCCAACGGAUAUGGAAGGAUGGUUCUUCUGCACUCCAUUUCGCAAAACAAUUUGGCUGAUUCUCCAACCACUUUUUUAUGCACUUAGGCCCCUUUAUGUUAACCCUAAACCCAUUACAAGGUUAGAGGUGUUGAAUGCUGUGGUGCAGUUUGCAUACGAUUUUCUCAUCUACUACCUGUGGGGCCUGAAACCAAUAGUGUACUUGGUGGCAGGCUCACUUCUAUGUAUGGGCAUUCAUCCAAUCUCUGGACAUUUCAUUGCUGAGCAUUACAUGUUUCUGAAGGGGCAUGAAACCUACUCGUAUUAUGGUCCUCUUAACUGGAUAACCUUCAAUGUUGGAUACCAUGUUGAACACCAUGACUUUCCCAGUAUUCCUGGCAGCAAACUACCUUUGGUAAAGCAGAUCGCUCCUGAGUACUAUGACAACCUGCCCCAGCACACUUCCUGGGUGCGUGUGCUCUGGGACUUCGUUUUUGAUGACAGCAUUGGUCCUUACUCCAGGAUUAAGAGGGAAUGCAAGCUGGUGAAAGAUGACUGAGAAAUAAAAGAAAUCUUGUGGUUCCUGGAAAUCAUUAACAAAAUCCCCGAAAAGCUUGAAAAAAGAACGUACCAGGUUUGUUACCAACUGUAAAGACAAAAGAGAAAUCAACCAUUAGAUUCAAAGUGUUUACCAGCAGACCCUUUGUGCAUUUCCUCCUUUUCUGUUUAUAGGCAAGACAACUGAUCUGUGCCCUCAAUCCCACAAAAAAAGUCCACAUUAAAUAAGAUCAAUAACAGAAUGAAUUAUGAAAUUUUAAAAAUUGUUUUAAAUUACAUCUGAUUACUUUAUGAUGUAUUUUAACAUGAUGGUUCAUUGUAUUUUGGGUUAAUAUUAAAUAUGUAUCUAAAUUGAGUGUCAAUGUGAAUGGACUCUGAAAUGAAUCAGAAUGAGAUUCCCUCCGUGAGGUCUCACUAUGGUUAAGAUCGGCCCCAACUCCAGAAUUGGGCAGGAUUUAAACUGCAGCAUUGUUUUGAAGUGAAACUACUUGAUAGCAUCAAUCCAGCUGUCAUAUGAACAUACCACUAGAUUGUGUGUAGCUUGAGGAAGAUAACAAUUGUUUCUAGGAAGCCAGUUUCAAAAGUUUUCCAUUCAUGCACAAACACAAACAGAUGCUAAUGUUGCUAGAAUAAAGCUGCCAAUGUCAAGAAAUCUUUUAUUGCUGUGAUAUUUAAAGGAUUUUUCCACCUCACUUGAAAUGCUUAAAUUUGAUAACACACAAUACGCUCAGAUCAAUUUGUUACACAAAAAAAAUGCAUGAAGGUGAGUAAAAUCCAUUUGUCUCAAGAACCCAAGAACUCGAGCAGUAAACUAAGCUCCUAUUCUGUAAGAGUCAAACUCAGGGUUCAGUGUCGAUCUUUGGAAAUUAGGCAUACCAGUAGUUCUGCGGCCCCUGCUGAAAAAUUCAUUUCAUUGUAGUUAAAAUCACUUGCAUGUGCAAUGUACUGAGAACAUAUGGCUAUAACCUAAUAGGUAGUUACCUCGUGAGAUAAAAUGCACUUCCAGUGACAUCUCUGUCGCCUGAUUAAUUUAUCAUACUUCUCCUUUGUUUUUGAAUUAAGUUAAAUCUUCCCCACUCAUGAGUAUCUCAACUUUACAGCUGUUAUGUAUGCUGUGACCAAUUGGAAAAAUUCUAAAUGUCAUUAGUUUCCAAUUGUUGCAUACAUCAGCACCCACUGACUGGAAUGAAUUAUCCAGUAACCACUCCCAUGCAAAACAGAUGUUCAUGCCUCUGCUCCAUUGCAGAUUUCCUAAUGAGCUAGUAAGUGAGUGUGGAGAUUGUGAUGCAGCUGUUCUUCAAAGGACCCAUAGAACAAAAGAGAAAAGAGGAACCUGACAGACAACUGCAACAACAUUGUGGUGGAAGACAUAGCAUAAAGUACAUAAUCAGAAUCACCUAAUGCCCCAGGCCUUUUGCUUUUAUGAACUGUCCCGACCCAACUAUGUUUGCAUAGACUGAUAAAAUCAGUUUUCAAUGAAGCGACUACACUGUCAAUUUUUUCACUACUAAUGGAAGUAUGGAUGUAAUUAUAUAAUGAUAUUUGCUUUGUAGAGUGUUUGAAUAUGCCUACAUACACAUAUAUAUGAAGCUUCAGCUUAAAAACAUAAGCAGACCAAUUUGUGUACAUAGUAUUAUCUCAUAUUUCAUUUGUUCAGACAUUUAGUUUAGCAACUGAAGCAUCGAUGGAUAUAAUCCGGAUGACACUGCUUCAACCACUAGCCUGUUUUGGGCACAUUCUUUGUUUCUUUCCAUUUCUGACUACAUUACAACAGUGAUCGCACUUCCACGUACUUUGUUGCCUAUAAAGCACUUUGAGAUGUUCUGAUGUUGUGAAAUGUACUAUAUAAAUUUAACUAUUUCUUUUCCUUGAUUGCACUACUUUGACUUCUUACUUCAUGGAGUCUGUGAAUGUUGCCUAUUGCCUUAAAUAAAGAGCAAAAAGUAUAAUUUGUGGCAUGAUUCUUUAUACUCUGUCACAUUUACUGUCAAAUCAUCUUUGAGCAAAUAUGGAAAAAGAUGUCUCUUAAAUAAUGAGAUUGUAAGGCAUGAAGACUAAAAGAAUUCUUCACAAAUUACUGCUGGAGGGCAAAAUGAAAAGAAUCUUAUUGAAUUUUUUUUCAAAAUUGUCUUAUGUUAUGUCACUAUUGGACCUGCCUAUAGUCUGCUAGAGGACUGAGUAGGUAAUUCUGGCAAAAGCAGCUUGGUUUAAAUCCCAGGUUUGACUCCUGAUUUGGCAAGGAUUUAGGCAUUCUGUACAGCUGUGCAGAAAUAUAUGUGUAUAUGUAACACUUCUCACAAAGGAAGGAAACAUGUUCUCUGUGGAAUGUCUCCCUGUCAGUUAAUAUGGAGAAACAUCAUUGGCAGCCAUGAAAUCUGUGACCUGAAUUACUCUGAACAGAUGGGAAUGAGGAAUUACCGGGGUACACAUAAAAAGCCUCCCCUUCGGCAAUAAGAGCUGUGUGUUACCUUUUAUUAUGUGUGCAUUAAUUCCUUCCCUGUUAUAUUUUAAUGCAGCCAUUAACAUGCAAGCUAUUUAAAUCAAAACGUUUAACUCCUUUCUAAAUAAAAGGAGAAGGGAUUAAUACAAUGCAAUAACCAGUAUAUCAGUGAAUAAUAAGUGUAAUGAGGAAAUUAAACACCUAGGGGUAAAUUAUGACUAAUUACGUAAUAGAGAACAACACCCCUCACAUAUGAAACUAUUUAAAUAUUGCUUGUGUCAAGUGUUUCAAAUUCCUUAGAGACAUUCAAUUAUAACAAUAUUAUGGUUAACAAAUCCAUUAGAGGUUUUUGAAAUUGUAGCUCGCCAGAUAGAUAACGAGGAAUCAAUAAGUAUAGUGUGUUGGACUUUCAAAGAAAAAAAAUUCAUCUGGUUUUGCACGAGGUUAUCGCACGAAAUUAGAGCUUAUGGUACGGACGUGCAUCAAGGCUUGGUUGAUGGACAAAUAGAGAGUUGGAAUAAAUGAGCUAUUUUUCAUUGACAGAAUACCAGAUGAAUCAAUGCUAGGACCUUAAAUAUUUACAAUCUAUAUCAAUAACUUAGACGAGGGAACUAAUGUAAUGUUUGCUGAUGGUUCAAAGUAAGGUGGGAAGUAUGUUGUGAGAGGUUUCAAAGAUGUUGAAAAAGAUUUAAGCAGAUGAAGCGAAUGGUGAGAGAUUGGAAAUGCUGGUAUUGGAGGGUCUGGGAAUCCUUGUAUAUGAAUUACAUUGGCACAGCAAAUAACAAAGCAAAUAUACCUUUAUUUCAAAGAAAUAGAGUAGAAGAGUAAAGGAAUCUUUCAAUUAUAUAGGCUUUUCAAUUGGCAUACAGUUUUGGUCUCUUUACUGAAGAAACAAUAUGAAGAGAGGGUACACAAAUGUUCACUAGAUUCAUUUCAGGGUGUCUGGGCUGAGAGCAAUGUCGAAUGAGGAGACAUUGAGAAAAAUGGGCACAUAGUUCUUUUAAAGAAAAGCCAGUAUUUUAGUCAAAUAGUAAAGCAACAAGGAGUUUUGCAUUAGAUGCGAUCAUCACUGGUUGUCAAUAAGUAUAUAAUAUAUUGCUAAAAUAAAUUUAUUUGCUGCAAUGAUUACUUUUCAAAGAUUAAACUGAAAAGUCAUAACCCAACCUGUUUGAAAUCAAAUAUAUCAUUUUUAAACUCUUACAACAGGGAAUGAAAAUGUUAUUUUUAAUGUGACAUCAUUGCCUGAAUGAAUCUGGGCUGAGGCUAUUCUUUGAUCUGGUUUUAUUGAAUUGUGCGAAUCUCAGCCAGAUCAUGAGAUGGAGCAUUCCAAAUUAGUGAAACCAAAAAUUCACCAAGUUGGCCAGCAGUAAGAUUGUGGAAGAAGUGUUCUGCUCUUCUAGUGAAAGCAGACUAUAAAAAAAAUUUCUUCUUUGAGUGAAUCGUUUGAAAAUUUCUGUUGACAUAAUAAAUAUUUGAGAUCCAUGCAAGGACUAUGUCUAAGAACUAUUCUGUUUUGCAUAAACAGUUUUUAAAAGUUAACAUAAUGUCAUGAUAUCUUUCUAAUAAUUCUUAUGGAAAUAAUAUAAUUUAGUGCUUGAUGUGCUUCUGUGUCUUUUUUGAAAAUUUUAAAAUGAAAAUUGAAUGUGA